AUGCGGCUUGCACCGCCUGGGCCAGGAGGUUUUAAGCAAGCCUUGGAAGACUUCGCAUACGCAGGAUAUUUCAUUCCGAAAGGAUGCAAGCUAUACUGGAGCUCAAUAGCAACACACAAGAAUCCGGAUUACUUUCCGGAUCCAGAGAAAUUUGAUCCUACCAGGUUUCAAGGUGACGGUCCGGCACCAUUUACAUUUGUUCCAUUUUCAGGAGGACCUGGUACGUGCUCGGGCAAAGAGUACGUUAGAGUUCAAAUACUUGUCUUCGUUCACCAUCUCGUAAUGAGGUACAAGUUGGAGAAAUUAAUCCCUUUGAAUCCUAUGGAGGAAGAGAAGUUAAUUUUCAAGCCAUUUCCAUUACUUACCAAAGGGCUCCCUAUUUGUAUUCGUGCUCACUAG